GUCGCUGUCUUUCAAAGACGUAGGAGUCUCCAUCAAACACCCAACUCAUUCCUUUGAUGCUACACUUCGCCAUUGUCUCCUUCCCCUGCUCUUCGACGCUGUUCUGUUUGAGGGAGUUCUAAAUUUUUCUACUUGCUUCAUCGUGAUUGGUUGGAGUUAAGGGUUGUUGUUGCUGCUGCUAUUGGCUAAAUCUACAUUGCAAAGAAAAAUGGCCACUACACCCACCCUUCAAGAAAAUGUUGAAACAAUAGAAGGAGAUCCUGAAAAUGCUUUAUCACCUGAUACUGAAGAGGAAAAUGAGGGAAAUGAGUCAAAGAAUGAAGGAGACAGUGGAAGAAAGAGACGUAAAUCAGCUGUUUGGGUGCAUUUUGAAAGGUUGCCAUUGGACAAAACUAAUGGAGAACCCCGUGCUAAGUGCAAGUAUUGCCCAACAACAAUUGGUUGUGACUCUACAAGACAUGGUACAAAUGGAAUGAGAAAACAUGUAAAAAGAUGUCCUAGAAAUCCGAACAAAGCAAACAAGUUGGCACAAUCUUUGCUAUCGGGCUCUCAAUUAGGGUCAUCUAAAACUUUGAGUCAUCAUCUAUUUAAUCAACUUGAUUGCAGACAAGCCAUUGCUAUAUUUGUGAUAUUGGAUGAGAUGCCUUUUAAUGUUGUGGAAGGUGAUGGUUUUAAAGAGAUGAUGAGAAGGUCAGAACCUCGCUUUCAAGUCCCUUCAAGAGCGACAGUUACUAGAGAUUGCUACAAGUUGUACCUUGAAGAAGCUAGAAAGUUGAAAAGGUAUUUUAAAAAAUCUCAAAUCCGUGUUUCACUCACUACUGAUACUUGGACUUCCAAUCAAAAUGCCAAUUAUAUGUGCUUAACUGCUCACUGGGUUGAUGAGCAUUGGACAUAUCAAAAGCGAAUCUUGAAUUUUUGUGUAGUUGAAAAUCAUAAGGGAGAAACAAUUGCUCAAGAAAUUGAGAAAUGCUUGCUGUUUUGGAGUAUUGAUAAGGUGUUUACAAUCAUAGUUGAUAAUGCUUCUUCUAAUGACACUGCUUUGGCAUCUUUAAAGGGGGUCUUGAGGCAUUGGAAUGGUUUAGUUUGUGAUGGGGAGUUCUUGCACUUACGUUGUUGUGCGCAUAUCUUAAAUUUGAUUGUUUCUGAUGGUGUGAAGGAUAUGCACAAGUGUAUUGAAGGCAUUCGAAAUGCCAUUAAAUAUGUGAGAUCUUCUCCAUCAAGGUUUCAUAAAUUCAAGGAGCUUGUGGAAAAAAUGAAAAUUGAUUCAAAAAGGCUACUAAGCAUGGAUUGUCCAACUAGAUGGAAUUCAACUUACAUCAUGUUAGAGAGUGCAAUUAAAUUUUGCAGCGUUUUUGAGAGGAUGGAGCAGCAAGAUAAUGAUUACAGAAACUUCUUCUUGGAUAAAAAUUUGAUUGGUCCCCCUAAUGAAAAUGAUUGGAAGGAUGCAAAAGAUUUUGUGAUCUUUUUGAAGGUGUUCUAUGAUAUUACUUUGCAAUUUUCAGGAUCACUUUAUGUGACCUCAAAUGUUUGCUUUCAACAGAUAGUUGAUGUCUUUGCAAUUUUAUAUGAAAAUGCAAACAAUCAUGAUUCCUUGCUUUGUGAUAUGGCUAAGAGCAUGUUGACCAAGUAUAAUAAGUAUUGGGGGAACUUAGAGAAACUUAAUCUUUUGCUUGUGGUAGCAGUGGUACUUGACCCAAGGUAUAAAAUGAAAUAUUUGCAGUUUGCUUUUGAGGAUAUGUUUCCUGAGACUACACAACGUGAAGCUAUGACAAAAAAAGUCUCAGAUGUCUUGUAUCGUUUAUAUGAUCAUUAUUCAAGUGGGGUUGACACAUCUCAGACUCAAAGUCAGAGUCAAAGUCAGACACAAGGAGCAAGUGAAAGUAGUUUGACUCAAUCACUUGGAUCAGAUCGUAGGCCUUUAACUUUCUUAAGUUCUAGGUCUAGGGCUUCAUUUCAAAGGUUUCUUGCCCAAAAAGAGAUUGAGGUUCAAGCAGAUAAGUAUGCAGAGGUGGACAAGUAUUUGCACGAUGAGUUAGCUGAAGCACUUGAUCCAAAUUUUGACAUUUUAACAUGGUGGAAAUUGAAUUCGGCUAAAUAUAAAGUCCUUUCAUUGAUUGCACGUGAUGUAUUGGCCAUGCCUGUUUCCACUGUGUCUUCAGAAUCUGCAUUUAGCACAGGAGGUCGUGUAAUUGAUGAUUUUAGGAGCUCCCUAUCUCCAAAGAUGGUUGAGGCACUAAUUUGUGGCCAAAACUGGCUAUCUCCAUCAACUGCAAAACUGAAAGGUGUUGAUGUUGAUAAUUUUAACGAUACAGAGCAAGCUGUGGAAGGGAAGGAAUUUGAAGUGAUCGAGAACUUGGGAAGAAUUCAAGUGCCGUUCAAAUGGAAGAAUUUGAAUUCGGUUGCUCCUAACAGUGGUUCGACUAAAAUCAAUGUUGAUGGAGCUUGGGUAGAUGGUGAUAAGCCUGCUGGUAUGGGAACUGUUUGUAGAGAUGAUAAUGGGUUGUUUAUGGGUGGUAGUGUGGAUGUAUUGCAGGAGCUGCUUUGUUUAAAGAAUGUUCUUAAAGAUUUUAGUUUCUCUCUAGUUGCUCGUGAGGGUAAUAAACUUGCUGAUUUUCUUGCAGGAUUUGCUAGAAAGGGGAUGUAUCAUGUUGAUUGGAUGACGGUGCCUCCAUCCCCUUUGGCUUCUCUUUUUGCUGUGGAUCUGAAACUUGUGAGUUAG